AUGAAUAUAUUUCCGGAGCUUCCUUGCUUCAACUUAGCAUUGUUAAAUCAUAUAUCAUGAAAUUCAGGAGGCGUUCUCAUGAAAUGCCCGAUUCCCGGCUGGUUGGCCGGUUUAAGUCUCCGAUGGUGCCUACCACCAUACUCUCUGUUAUAUUGAUCUACUUCCUCUUUACAGAUAGUAUGGUCUCCAACUUUUCUUUGAAACUCAUAGCCUUGAAUACUAAAGAAGAAUCUGACGUGUUUUUGGGUCAGAAAAUUGAAAGGAAAAUCAAAUCUGUUCUCCCUGUCAUUCCCCUGAAUUCUGCGCAAGAAGAGGUUGUUAAUGAGAGUCAGAGCUCUCUGAUUCCACCGGCAAAUGUCAGGGGAGGACAGAGGGUUGCAGGGUUCAGAUGGAAGCUGCCAGAGUCUGAGAUUUUCAGGUCAGACAAGUUAACGGCGAGAUUCCACGGCCGGGUUCUGAAAUUCUUCAACCAGAAUUGCGAUGUUCAGUUCUUCAUGACUUGGAUUUCACCGGCGGAGUCAUUCAGGAGUAGAGAAAUGUUAGCCGUGGAGAGUGUUUUCAAAGCACACGCUGACGGAUGCCUGAUGAUUCUGUCAAGAACCAUGGACUCAGAAAUUGGUUACAGGAAGCUGAAACCCCUGCUUGACCAUGGAUUCAGGGUUCUUGCAGUGGCGCCGGACCUGUCGUUUCUGUUCAAGAACACGCCGGCAGAGGGUUGGUUUGAUGAGAUGAAGAAAGGGAACAAAGACCCUGGUGGGAUUCCAUUAGCUCAGAAUCUAUCCAAUCUCAUCAGGCUUGUAGUUCUAUACAAGUAUGGAGGAAUAUAUAUUGAUACAGAUUUCAUUGUCCUGAAAAGUUUAAAGGGAGUGAAGAACUCAAUUGGAGCACAGAGUAUGGACAUGGUGUCCAAGAAUUGGACAAGAUUGAACAAUGCGGUUCUUGUCUUUGACAUGCACCAUCCACUUCUGUUGAAGUUCAUUGAGGAAUUUGCCUUGAAUUUCAAUGGAGAUAAAUGGGGAUACAAUGGACCCUAUCUUGUUUCCAGGGUGGUCAAGAGGGUGGAAGGAAUGGAGCCUGGUUACAACUUCAGCAUAUUGCCUCCAGUGGCCUUCUAUCCUGUUGAUUGGCACAAAAUAGUAAGGCUUUUUAGGAUGCCUAAAACGCCGGUCGAAUCCAGAUGGGUAAAAGCUAAGCUGCUUCAACUAAGUGGGAUGACUUAUGGGGUUCAUCUAUGGAACAAGCAAAGCAGCAGAUUGGCAAUUGAAGAGGGAAGCGUGAUGGGAAGAUUGAUAUCAGAACAUUGUGUUAUCUGUCAAAAGAUAUAUAGUUCUUAACUGAGAGAUUGCAGGGUAAGAAGUCUCUCCCAUUUUUCCUUCAUUUUUGCAUUGAUCAUCUUCCCAAUGUACAUAAGAUGUUAACUUGAUAGGGUUUAAAUCCUGAGAAUAUUCUCUGUAAUAUAACUCAUCAUCAAAU